AUGUUUGACAGUGAAGGAGGGUUCAUUCGUCUUCAUGAUGAUGAUACAAUUAGUUUUACUGGAUCCCUUCCCAGAAAUCUUUCUAACAGUGACUAUAAGACUUCUGUAUCCAUUUGGGUGUAUAUAUUUGACUUUGAGUAUUCUUUCAAUCUUUUUUGUCUGCCUUUUAAAUCGCAUUUCAAAGACUCGACUGGGACUGCUGCUGACAGAGAUAUUGAAUGCUGAGCAAGAGUUGAAGCAACAGGUGGUAGGAAGAUCAUUACAUUCAGUUGUUACCUUGAUGCCUCAAAUAAAUUUGCUAGAGAAAUUAACAUAACUUAUGGGGAUAGCCAAGGAGGAUGGCAUGUUUAUGAUUUCUCAUUUAACGCAGAAAAUUCUCUGAGUUUUGAACCUUCAGAUGAUUCAGAUUUGAGAGUAUGCUUUAUGACCGAUGCUACUACUCGAAGUUGUGAAGACAUUGUAAAUAUUACCACGACUACAGACCCAAUUUACACAUCCUACCACUCGAUUGGAAGGUUUACAACUAACGGGUCUUCUUACUCCCACUUCCUCGUGGGGUUAGUCUACCGGAUAUGUUUCCAAGACCAAUUUAAAACCUGAUCUAAUCAGAAAAGGGACUGGAUGAUCUCCAAUUACUCUGAUGCUUAUGCUGUUCAUUUCAAGUUCAAAGAUGUAACUCAGAAUGGGUUCGAAGCUAACCAAAUCACCAACCGUGGGGUUGACUCCUCAGGAGGUAACACCUCUGUUUAUUUCCGGAAGGAGAUUAUGAAUACAAACAACUCAAUUGCAAUCACCAACAUGGGCUGGAUAUACAACUAUGAGGCUGAUUCCCGUAUGUUAUCAGAUGUUAUUGAGGUUAACUACACCUCCCAGCUGACCAUUGAGUUGGACUUGUUUUGUUACUUUGCAGAUUGCCCUUUGCUUGUCAAUCCGAAGAAUGGAAAUGGAGGUACUCUUUAUCCAAGAUUCCGAGUUGAUUCAAACAAAAGCCAAAUUUAUAGACCGAAUAUUACUGAUAGUUCUGAUAAACUUAAAGUUAACGAGUGGAAUAGAGUAUUCUUUAGCUUUGCAAAACUAAACAGCACUCACCAAAAAGUAUGAAUUUUUCAUAAAAGAAUGUACGCUCCUGGAUCUACAGGAACACAAGAGGAAACCUGUAAGCCUUAAUUUUGAUUAAAAUAUACUACUCUUGAAAUCACAAAGCUUGACUUCCUUCUAGACAACUGUACAGAAACAGAUUACUUAAUAACUCAAGAAAAUAUAAAGCUUCAGCUUAUUGGUCAAGAUCUAAUUCUUG